GAAGCUGGCGUUGUGCCGCUAUUACUGCUGCGCUCCUCGCCCUACAUAGACAGCAGCUCGUUGCCACGCAAGGGCUCAGGCGCGGGCGCAGAUUGGCACUGUUGUGGUCAGCAGCCUGAAGCCUGCGAGUCUUUUACUCCACAUUAUACUCUUGUUGAACACCAGAUCCGCCAAGGGUGCUAGAACCGGGCCCGGUGGGGCCCGUCGCCUAGGAGUUUGGCAUCGGCUGGGAGAGAGCAGCCUAUCGUAGCAGCGGCGCCGCAGCAGCGCGGCGCGGCACACACCUAAACGUCCCUGACGGGACCUUGACGGAGGGACAGCAGUAGCCAUGACGCGUGAGGACACCCUGCCCACCCGCCCUAUGCCCAAGGCGCCCACGACUAAGGUCGACUUCAACAGUUUGAAGGCGCCGGCCGGCUAUGUGCCGGGUCUGGGUCGUGGUGCGGCAGGUUUUACCACCCGAUCAGAUAUCGGUCCAGCAAGAGCGGGAGGCAUUGAUGCCUUGAAAGGGGCUCCCGGCUCCAAGGCGGGCGAGGGCGAGGACCCCAACCUGGAUGAGAACAAGUUCGAUGAGUUCAUGGGCAACGACGCCGGCGUGUUCGCGGCCACAGGCGAGUAUGACGAGGACGACAAGGAGGCGGACGCGGUGUGGGAGGGCGUGGACAACUUCAUGGACGAGCGGAGGAGGGAGGCCCGCGAGAAGCGCAUGAAGGCUGAGCUGGAGAAGUACCGCGCCGAGAACCCCAAGAUCACGGAGCAGUUCGCCGACCUCAAGCGCCAGCUGGCGGACGUCAAGUACGAGGAGUGGGAGUCCAUCCCCGAGAUGGGCGACUACACGCUGAAGAAGCAGCGGCGCCUGGAGCGGUUCGCGCCCGUGCCCGACAGCCUGCUGGCCCGCGCCGCCGCCGACGUGGCGGGCGGCACCGCUGCGGGCGCCGCCAAGAGCCUGGACCCCUCCAGCGGCCUGGCCAGCAGCCUGGGCGGCCUGGCCACACCCAUGGGCGGCGCCGCCUCCACCGUGUCCGACCUCACAGCCAUUGGCACGGGCCGCGGCACGGUGCUGGGCCUCAAGCUGGACCGCAUGGCCGACUCGGUGUCGGGGCAGACGGUGGUGGACCCCAAGGGCUACCUGACGGACCUCAAGUCCAUCAAGAUCUCCACAGACGCCGAGAUCAGCGACAUCAAGAAGGCGCGCCACCUGCUCAAGUCCGUCAUCCAGACAAACCCGCGCCACGCGCCCGGCUGGAUCGCGGCGGCGCGCCUGGAGGAGGUGGCCGGCAAGCUGCCCGAGGCGCGCAAGCUGGUGAUGCAGGGCUGCGAGCUGUGCCCCAACUCGGAGGACAUUUGGCUGGAGGCGGCGCGGCUGCAGUCUUCAGUACUCCCGACAACGCCAAGGCGCUGCUGGCUCGCGGCGUGGCGCAGCUGCCCCGAGAGCACCAAGCUGUGGAUGGCGGCGGCCAAGCUGGAGGCGGACGACACAGCCAAGGCGCGCGUGCUGCGCAAGGCGCUGGAGCGCAUCCCCACCAGCGUGCGGCUGUGGAAGGCUGCUGUGGAGCUGGCGGCGGAGGACGACGCGCGCAUCCUGCUCAGCCGCGCCGUGGAGUGCUGCCCGCAGGCGGUGGAGCUGUGGCUGGCGCUGGCGCGGCUGGAGACGUACGAGAACGCGCGCAAGGUGCUCAACAACGCUCGCAAGGCGGUGCCCACCGAGCCCGCCAUCUGGGUCACAGCCGCCAAGCUGGAGGAGGCGCACGGGGCAGACCAGGACACGGUGGACAAGAUCGUGGGCAAGGCGCUCAAGAGCCUGAGCGCCAACGGAGUGGUCAUCCACCGAGACGCCUGGAUCAAGGAGGCCGAGAACUGCGAGCGCUCCUCGCCGCCGCAGCUGGUGACGGCGCGCGCCAUCGUGCGCUGCGUGGCGGGUCUGGGCGUGGACCCUGUGGACCUGGAGGCCACGCUGGUGGCGGACGCGGAGGAGGCAGCCAAGCGCGGGGCGGUGGAGACGGCGCGGGCGCUGUACGCGCAGGCGCUGGCCACCUUCCCCAGCCAGGCACAGAUCUGGCGCGCGGCGGCGGCGCUGGAGAAGGCGCACGGCAGCCGGGCCGCGCUGGACGAGCUGUUGAAGCGGGCAGUCACCUUUUGCCCGCAGUCCGAGGUGCUGUGGCUGAUGGCGGCCAAGGAGGCCUGGCUGGGCGGCGACGUGGACGGCGCACGAGCCAUCCUGGCCCGCGCCUUCGCAUCAAACCCCGACAGCGAGGCCAUCUGGCUGGCGGCCUUCAAGGUGGAGUUCGAGAACAACGAGCCCGAGCGAGCGCGGGCCCUGCUGGCCAAGGCGCGUGAGAACGAGGCUGCCAACGGCUACCCGCGUGUGUGGAUGAAGAGCGCGCUGGUGGAGCGGGAGCUAGGGGACGGCGCCAAGGAACGGGCGCUGCUGGAGGAGGGCAUCAGGCGCUUCCCCGCCUUUGAGAAGUUCUACCUCAUGCUGGGGCAGCUGGAGGCGCGGCCGGGGGGAGGCGGCGCGGAGGCGGCGCGGGCGGCGUACAGGGCGGGCCUGGCCCGCUGUCCCGACUCCAUCCCGCUGUGGCGCUCCGCCGCGCGGCUGGAGGAGGAGGCGGGCAACGUGGCGCGCGCGCGUGCGCUGCUGGAGCAGGCGCGGCUUAAGAACCCCAAGAGCGCCGAGCUGUGGCUGGCGGCCAUACGCACCGAGCAGCGGGCCGGCAACGAGAAGGCCGCCGACACCGCCCUGGCCAAGGCGCUGCAGGACUGCCCCACCAGCGGCCCGCUGUGGGCUGAGGCCAUCUCCAUGGCGCCGCGGCCCGCCCGCAAGACCAAGGCCACGGACGCGCUCAAGCGCUGCGACAACGACCCGCACGUGGUGGCGGCGGUGGCGCAGCUGUUCUGGGCAGACCGCAAGGUUGAGAAGGCCCGCUCCUGGUUCAACCGCGCCGUGACGCUGAACCCGGACAUCGGCGACCACUGGGCGCAGUUCUACAAGUUCGAGUGUCAGUUUGGGACACCCGAGCAGCAGGCGGACGUGUCGUCCCGCUGCGCCGCCGCCGAGCCGCACCACGGCGAGCGCUGGUGCCGCGUGAGCAAGGACACACGGAACGCGCACCAGCCGCCCGAGGUGCUGCUGCGCCGCACGGUGGCGGACAUCGACACCCUGCCGCCGCCCUAGCGAGGGGGUACCUCAUGGGGCUGCCGCCAGCCUGGUGGUGGAUUGUGACGUUGCGGGGGGGGGUGCGCGUGAUGGCGUGAGUUGCCGUGCGUAUGUACGGUAGGCAGGAGCCCGUGCGCAGGGGUGUGUGUGUAUGUGACUUUCCUCGGAGGCGGUUCGUAUGAUGGGAGGUCGGUAGCGCGACCCGUGUGGUGAGCAGCAGAAGUGGUUGCUGGGGCAGCGUGUUGCGUUGUGGCGGCCCGGAGCGUCACGCAGGGAGGACUGUAUGGAGGAGGGCAGACUGACAUGCCUCGGCUGCAAGAACCCGAACCCUUGCACCCGAACCGUGCAGCUCGCUUGCCACACACACCGCAUUUGGAAGGACUGGUGGAGUGUACACCUGCGCGAGCAUGUGCCGACUUUCCUCGCUGUUAACGCAGUACGUAGG